AAAAAAAAAAAAAGGUUGGAAUCCGAUCUCUCACCUUCCCUCUUCCCUCCCUCCCACCUCCCCGGCAGUCGAGCUGAGCAGCUGCGCCUCUUUCCUGCUUCUCAAGCCCCGACGGGUCGUAUAGACGCGUCCAAGUCUCCCGCUACUUUGUUCUUCAUCUACACCCCGCCUUGAUUCUCUCUGUCCUCCAUACCUGCGAGCAACCUCCAUUCGGAUCAUCCAACCGGCUCCAUGGCGAAAGACACCGACGGCGGGCCCGAUGGCUCCUCCAGCGCUGCUUCCGUCUUCACCACCCCCGCGACCACUCCAUUUUCAUAUCUGGAGCAAGACCUUAAUGACCACUUCAACGCUAAAUUCCACGCUCGGCGGCACGGCAAGAUGGCCGGGUCCCAAGCGGGAGUCGGCAAGCAGCAAGUAACGCCGCAGUCGGUCGACAUGGUGAAAUCCACGGGCUCUGCAGCAGCGUCGACUCAAACACAGGCCGCGAUGCCACCAAACCAGGCCGACCUGUUCUCGCUGUUGUGUCUCAUUGCCAGCUCCGUCCUGGCCACUGCAGCAAAGGCAUCAGCCCAAACAGAAGACAUGGCUCUGCAGCCAGACCCGCCAGAGGUCGUCCCCGAGGAUAUGGGGAGCCACGACGCGGUGCCGGCCAAGCAGCAGGCAGGCAGUCCGGCCGCCGCCGACCCCGUCGCUCCAGCAGAGACGUGCAAGCACUGUUCAUGUUCCAUCAAGCCGGCUGCUGAAACAGCCGCCCAGACGACACAGGCACCUGGUGCGACAAAGCCCGCCGCCUCGGGCUCUGCCACGACCGAAAAGCCUACCGACGAUGCUUCGAGUGGCAACAAGAAAUCGGCCAAUGACAAGUCGGCCCUAAAGACGCCGCCAUCCGAGGAGAAGCCUAGUUCGGAUGACCAGGUCGCCAAGCCCGAAACCACGGCCGAAGACCAGGCGGCUGCCGACAGCGCAUCGACCUCGGAACCUCAAACCCCCACCGACCAGACUGCACCCUCGGCAGAGACUGAUGCCCAGGCCGCGGCUGCGGCCAAUGACGCUGCGGCAGCCGGCGAGGAGGAAGAUGGUGUCGCAGAAAACGCCGAGCCCGAUGCCAACCAGACAACCGACGAUACCGCAAAGUCCGAGCCGCCCAAGCCGGAGACGACUGCCACAACCACGACCAUCCCUCCUCCUCCUCCUCCUCCCCCGGCGGCCACAACCGGCGCAAACGCGCUGAAGCUGCCUGACUGGUUCCUUGGUAGCAAUGUGGUGCUCUACGAAGACCUCGUCAAGCGCCAGUCAGCCGUGGAGCUCUUCAAGCCCAAGCCCGUCAAGAAGGCAGACAGUGAGCCCGAGGUGGAGGAGACCAAGCCUGAGAGCGUUUCUGAAAGCUCCGCCGCGAGUUCUACUGAGAGCUCUGCCGAGAGCUCUGCCGAGAGCUCUGCCCAAAACACGCCCGGAACCACACCGACCAGUUCACCCCCAAGCGAGCUCGUGACCGAGCCUGAGAGCAAGGUCGACAGCGAGUUAGAGAGCCCAUCUGAAAGCGCUCCCGACGGCACCGAGGCUACACCAGCAAGCGAGUCAGAUGUCAAGUCGGAGGACAAGGCUGCUCCUGGCAAGAAGGACGACCAGUCGAUUGACAGUGCAGCCACCACAACUCCUCCGGCAGAGCCCAGCUUCGACACAACAAAGACGGAGGCUGUGGAGGAGAUGUGUAGCUGUAAGAAAGCGGCGGCGGCGGCGGCGGCGGCUGAUCUGGAGAAGACCGAGGUUGACAAACCCUCCCCGCAAAGGCCCGUCUAUCAGCUACACCAGGACAUCUACGACGAGGCGCUUGAUCUUUUGUCUGCAGCCCUCCAGCCCCCAGUCAAGUCUGGCUCUGACGACAGCACAAAGAAGAGCCCACCCGAGUCCUGGAUCACCCAGUCCUCUUUCCUCAUCCAAUCCCCCAAGGACGGCUCCCUCGAGUUCCUCGACGAGGUCGUGCGUCAAGUUGCUCGUGAUGUCCAAGCCGACAUCGUCAUGAUGGAGCUUGACGAUCUGGAGGACCUCUGCUACCAGUUCUGGCAUGAGUCUGACGAGGUUCGGGCGGUAGGUCCCAAGUAUCUGACGUCGCCGCUGCGGCUGGUCGGCGAGUUCUUUGGCUAUGGAAAGCCCGACGAGAAGGCCAAGGCUGCGGUGAGCUGCAUCCUCGAAGGCCCCGCCAGCAAGAAAGAGAGCUUGGCCGACGCAUCUGCCAAAUCGUCGGCGGACAAGACUGCCGAGGCCGAGACGCGCGCAGCCGCCAUUGGCGAGAAGGCUGUGGCAGCUGCGGCCGGGAACUCUGUCGACGCAGCAGAUAUCCUGCAAGCCGGCGUCAAGGACGCAUUUGAAGCCGCAACAAAGAUUCUGCAAGCAGCGAUCAAGGAGGCGUUUGCUUCAGUGCCCAAGCCGGCCAACGCCACCACCUCGGACUCGCAGCAAGCCGCUGACGCUGAGACCAGUGCCGCUGAGGCCACCACAAAUUCGUCGAGCGCUGACGGCAAGGAUGCCUCCCCUGCCCAACCGCGGCCGCUGAUUAUACUUUUCCGCAACGUGGAGGCUGUGGGCAAACAGACACCGAUGCAGCGACUGGUUGAGGGCGUUAACAAGGUCCGCAGGGAGAGUGGUCUCCCCGUCGUCGUCGUCGGCACUGCCGUGUCCAACAGCUCUUCGGAGAACAGGCCCACAACGGGCAUAAGCAAGGCGUGGGACGGUUUGGGCCUCGACGACUCGACUGUCAUCAACGUGUCCCCGCGCAACACCAAGCGCGCCAGCGCGGCCCUCAAGCAGUACGGCGCCCGGACCAGGCCCAGGGUCAAGUGGCGGCUGCUCCGACGCUCCAUCCGCGUCACUCUGGACCAGCACCCGGCGGUCAAGCUCGACGCGCUGUAUCCUUCGGGCCCCGCCGCUGGCGAGUCGGUCGUCGACGAGUUGGAGGACGAUCAUAGGAGGCAGACGCUCGCGGACUGGGACGAUACCCUUUCAGCUCGCGUCGUGCGCCAGGUGUCUGCGCGUGCCGUUAGAGCCGGCUCCGUAACCCCUGCCGACGUCUUUGACGUCAUGGAGCGAGUGAUGAAGAACCAGGCAGUUCUCGACAAGAUGAACGAGGCCGGUGACGAGGACUUUGUCGGCGAGGACGGAGACAGCGACGAGGAGCAGGUCGAGUUUGGAGGCCCGGCCCAGAAGUCCAAGGUCAAGUCCCUUUUGGCCAGCAUCUCCGACAGCUGCUCCGAUGCCGAGAAGGAAUAUUUUGACUGCGUCGUCGAUACUGUUGCCGUCUCUUCUGCCGCUCAGGGUAUACACAUGGACCAAGCCCUCAUGGACAGCCUCAAGCAGCUCCUCUCCCUACGGACGAGCAAGCCAUACGGUCUGCUGGCCAAAGAAGCUGUCAACGGAGCCAUCCUGUACGGCCCGCCAGGAACGGGCAAGACGCACCUCGCGCGCGUUGUCGCGGCAUCUUCGGGUACCAACCUUAUUGUAGCGACGCCGGCGGACAUUCAGAACAUGUGGGUGGGUGAGACUGAGAAGCGCAUCAAGGCUCUCUUUUCACUGGGCACCAAGCUCGCACCAUGCGUCAUCUUCCUGGACGAGGGCGACUCGGUUUUUGGACGGAGGCAGUCGCGCGACCGCGAUUGGCAACGCAAGGCCAUGAGCCAGUUCCUGAUGGAGAUGGACGGACUGGUCAGCCGUAAGAAGGCGCCGUUCCUGAUGGUGGCGACCAACCGGCCCGGCGACAUCGACGAGGCCGUGUGCCGCCGGCUCCCGCACACGCUCCACAUCGGCAUGCCCACGGCCGCGGGCCGCAGGGCCAUCCUCGACAUCUACCUCAAGGACGAGAAGCUCGACGAGAAGCUGGAUCUGGACGAGGUGGCGGCCGACUCCAUGACCAGGGGCUUCUCCGGGUCCGACAUCCGCACCCUCUGCGUCCAGGCCGCCAUGGCGGCGCACAAGGCGCUCGAGGCGGACAACAAGGCCAAGGCCGAGGCCGAGAGCGCCGGCGGCGCGGCGGACGCCGAGGACGCCGAGGACAAGGCGGCGGGGACCCAGAAGAGGGUCAUCAAGCUGGAGCACUUCAAGACGGCGCUCGAGCGCACGCGCCCGUCGGUGACCAGGGAGUCGCUGAUGGAGAUCGAGCGCUUCACCGGCCAGCAGGAGGAGUCGGGAGACCACCGCGCCAUGUACAUCUGAGCGUGCGGAGGCGUCUUUUGCCAACUCUCAUCUGUAUUGUAUGGUCACAUAUCCCUUCUUUGUAAACCAUUCGUUGUUUGUUUUUUUUUUGUUUGUUUUUUAAGGUAAUGGAUGACCCAUAUCUCGCGGGGACUUUUUAAGGUUGUUUUUUUAUGAUGUUUUUUUUUCUUUUUUUUUUUAGCGAUGCUAUCAAUUCGAACUUGUAACUAGAAGACCAACUACCCGUGAUGCUCACUCUAUUGCCAACGUGAAACGAAGGAGGUUAAAUGGCUGGCAAGGCUAUUUUGACGACUUGAGCAGCAACAUGUUGGAUUCCU